UGCUGCUCAGCUCCAGGCCGAUGUAUUCCCAUCGCAGUCUGUCACAGAAACAACAAUCUGAUCUUUAAUGCCAGAUUGCUGAAAUUAAAAGCAUUAAGCAUUAUAAAAAUUGCUGAAUAUCUCGUGGCUGCGGUAUAUUCAGUUAUUCGCUGCAGGAGUUACAUAUCGCGAUCGCUGCUUCCGGAAAUGGCAUCUUCAUCUCUUCGGAUACACUUUUAUAUCCUGCAGAUUGUCGUCUGGAACUGGGAAGCCAUUGUUAGCCAGCAACCACAAAGAAGUUUCAUGAAGGUUGAUGUUGAACUGAUACAGCUGUUAAAUCCGCAAGGUUUAUUGGCCAAUGGUCAACGGUGUGAUACCACCAAUGACUGCGAUCCAUCGUUAUCGAUUUUUCUUGACACGAUUCGUCCGCUUAUGGCUUGGCCUGGAGACAAGGAUGUAUCGGAAUAUACCAAAGUAUUUAAAACAUCUAAUCAGAAUUCUCCCAUAAUUCACAACAACGUCAGCAGGAUCGUUUGUGGAGGAUCUAUUAACAAAGUCAAUUUGCGAGUGAAUGUGGUGGAUGGCGAUACUUUCUCCGGCGCUGAUUUAAUCGACAAUUUCAACUGCGUAUUUUCACCGGAAAUGAAUACAAUUGCUAAUUCGUGGGAGCUUGCCGAGUGGUCACCCACUGAGGACUGUGUUCCGCUUCAUCAAAGCCAUCGCGUCCGAUUACUGUACCGGUAUCGCGUUUACGCCAUUCCACAGUCGGAAUGUGGCCUCCAGGAUCGAACAAUUGUAAAACCGGACCUUGUGGAUAUGAUCUAAUCGAGCAAAAUGACUGGAAACUAAAAAUUAAUAAUUAUUAGUGUUCUAUAAAUCAAAUUUUUAUUUAAAUAGCGUUAACAUAAAAACAACAGCGAUCCUUUGGGUCUGUAUACUUGUUUUUGUACAUUCAGGUUUGAUUUUUGGUUCUUAUGCGGUAGAAUUAUACUUUGUAUAUACAUGGACUAGAAGAGUUGUAAUCUUUAGUGGUGCAUUCAUACAGCAGCCACAAAUUGUUUUAUUACCUUUUGUAGCGAAUGUGGGCAUCUCUUUCGCGAUGUUUAGGAAGUUUCCUAACAUAUUUAAUUCUCGAGUCCCGGUACAGUGUCAUUCCUUGUAGACCACCACCCUCAGAGAAAUAAAACAAUCGAAAUGUGUGCUUACUAUGCAGAAU